GUUGAUUUAACCUAUUUUUGUUUAUACAAAUACAAAAUAAAUAUUAAAAAAAUGAUAUACACGGAAAUUAUUGACAACUUACGAUUGUUAACAAAUGAUAUAUUAAUCCGAAAUAUUACAAUUACGAUGAUAUCGUUAGUGGGAAUUUUUUCCAUAUUCUUUCGACCAUUAGGCGGUUUAAUGAUGUAUUUCGCGUACAUUUUCGGCUUCACGACGGCCUGGUUAUUGGUCAAAUACAAGCACAAAGCCACAAUUUACUUGCAACGAAUAAUUAACUUCUACAAAGGCAAAAUCUCGAAUAAGAAAGUCCUGAAACAGUCCUGCAGCAUCUGCGACGACUUGUCCUGCAGAAGACACCAACAGUCCAAAAGUAUUACCCCUUGGAAGCACAUUUACGUGUCCGAAGAAUUAAACAAAGCCGUGGAACAACUGUUUGAGAAAAUUAUCAGCAACUUUGUAUCUUCUUGGUAUACCCAGUUUACUGAUGAUGAAGACUUUUUAAACGAGCUAAGAUACUGCUUCAAGUUUUCAACAUCCACUAUAAUAAACCGAUUGCAAGAAUUGGAUGUGGGUGAUGUGGUAGCUAAUAAAUUAGUACCAUGUGUUGUAAGGCAUGUUGAUGAUUAUUUGUACAUUCAACAAAUAGCUAAACUGAAGAAUGUUAGAUUUAACGAAGUUGUUAUCGAGUAUUUGGGUAAAAAACUUCAUGCGGCAGCUACAAACAGGAAGAACGAGCUGGAUUAUCUGAGGCAUCUGAUUUCAUCGCUUUUGGUGCAUAUCUUGCCCGGGGAUUACUUAAAAUGCAGAAAUUUUUCGAUAAUGAUGAGAGAAAUUCUCUCGGGAUGGGUGUUUCUACCGAUGAUGGACGCCAUCGCAGAUCCCAACAUAAUAAACUACCUCGUGAUUUUGAUAACUUCUUAUAGAUCCAAAAAGUCUUCUAAGCUGAACCAAAACGCGCACGAAGUAGAAUUUUUAAGCAACUACGUGUCUUGCGAGAAGAAAACAUCGUCGUUUUCAACCAGCCUAACGAAAAUUAAAAAAGACACGGACUUGCUUUACGCGUUUAUGCAGUUUUUAAAAAACCAGGACCACGUCAAUCUUCUGCAAUUCUGCCUUGACGUCGACGAUUUCAACUCGAAAAUGUUAAUGCCGGAGCUAUCUAAAAAGCAAAUAGAGGAAUUACACAACGACGCUUUGAAACUGUACAAGGAAUACUUGGACAAAAGCAGCUUCAGUUAUAUUAGUUGCCCGUCGGACAUUUCGGAGGAUUUUAAAUUUUUAAUGCAAGAUAUUUACGCCGUGGAGAAAAUAUCGAAAUUGAGCAAACUGCUCUGCGCCGCCUACGAAUUCGUUUUUAACAUACUGGAAAACGUGUGGUUGCCUCAAUUUUUCCACAGCAACGAGUUUUACAGCUGCAUUUGCGGAUCGAAACAUCUAACAGGCUACUCCAAAGGACAUCACAAGAUAAAACGGUACGAUUCGACUAAUCCAGGACCGGUUUCGAAGUUUAGCAGCGGAUUGGGGAAGAUUAAAGGCGUCCUUAAGACCAAUCAGCCGGUAGAGGGCGCGUUUUACCCGCCAGAAGCCCAAUUAGUCGAAAACGGUACUGCAGAUGACAUGUUUUUGGAGGAUUGCAAGAAUUUAUUCAGAGACAUGAGCACUUGGAAAGUAGACGUUCCCACAUUUCAAACGAAUCCCACCAAUAAAGUCGUGUAUUUUUACAUCAGCAUCGAAAGAACCGAUUCCUCGGAGGGUAGCCGAAGAAAUUGGGUAGUCCUCCGAAAAGAUCAAGAUUUUUACACCCUAAAAGCCAAACUUAUCGAAUUCCACGGAGAGAGCGAAAUUUGCGAUUCGCCUCUACCGUCCAGAAAGGCCGGCUCGUCGAUAGAAACGCGAAUGGCGAAGUACGAGGAGUUCCUGCGCAAACUGCUGCAAAAAUCCGCGCUGAAAGGCAGCGAUUUGCUCUACUAUUUCCUAACCACCGAAGAGGACUUCCAGAUAUACCUCGCGACCAACGCGUCCCAAAUGCAAGACAUCGGCAACAUCUACCAAUCCGUUGCGUACAAAUUGCGAAAGGAGAAGGGCCAGCAUUUGGAUCCCUUCAUGGCGUCGUUCCUCAUGUCAACGGGACGGACGAAGACCGAGUAUAUAAAAUGCGCAAUGAAUUUAUUCCGACGGAACCUACUGAUACAUUUUUUUUGCAGGAAACUCGAAUGGGCGGAAGUAGGAGAAGAAAGCGUCAAGUUAUUUACAGUUAUUGAAAACAUCUUGUUUCCCAAGACUUACAGAAACCAAGUGUUCAACGACAACUUUGGAGUUCACUAUAAGGUUUUAAAGGACACGAUGAGCAGUUCGUUGAGUCCCGAGGGCAUAACAGAAAGUGCAUUUUAUUUAUUAAAAAACGUUUUCAAAAUCCCUUACGGAUUGUUGCGAUUGUACGCUUCAGUAUGCAGCAUAGGACAGUAUUUCGUGGACAUGUCGGCUAGGAUUUUGAUCGAAAAGAAAAUUAGAUCGGGCCUGUGCCAUUCGAAUUUAACGUAUUUAAUUAAGCAAUUGGAAGAUGUAAUUUUUAACGAAUACAAACCGACGAACAGGGAGCAACUCGAACAGAGGAAAAUAAAAGCGUUCGAGGAUUUAACAAAUUCGGUUUCGCCGAUUGUUAAUCGAAUUCUCGGACCGGGAUUGAAAGAUGGACUGAAAACGACGUUAGAUAUUUUGCAAAACCCACAUUUUAAUAAACAGCUGGCUUAUAAUUUAUUAGAUAUCAUCUUAACUGAAAUGUACCCGAUGCUAGAUAAAUACGAAGAACACUAUUUAAACUAAAUAAAAGUUUAGGCGACCAUAUAGCCAAACUAGUCGAGUUUUUCGUAAAAAUUUGUGAUAAUUUUCAGAGAUUAUAAAACUAAGGUUUGCGUUUUUAUAUAGCUCAUAAAUAAAAC